AUGUCCCCCGCACGCGCAGAACCGACCCAGAUGAACAUCAUGCAGAGUUCCUCCAGAGCGUUCCUGAACGGGUUCGGAUCCGGAGUCACCGCGACCAUCUCGAAAGCCGGUAUGGGGGUGCAGAGGCUCGCGGCGGCGCAGAUCAUGAAGCACCGGGACUCGGUGAGCGCGAGCGCAAAGCCGCAGAACUGCCGGCGCGUGGUGGUGCUGGGAGCCCCGCGCGUGGGGAAGAGCGCAAUUCUGCACCGCUUUCUGAAUCACGGGUUCGAGGAGCGGUACGAACCCACGAGAGAGGAUUUCCACCGGAAGCUCUACCACAUCCGCGGGGAGAGCUACCAGGUGGAUAUACUGGACGCUUCCGGAGAGAGGGACUUCCCCGCCAAGCGCAGACUCUCCAUCCUCACCGGUGACGUUUUCCUGCUGGUGUUUAGCGUGGACGACCGCGGCUCGUUCGAUGAGGCGCGCACCCUGCACUCCGAGAUCACCGCGGCCAGGGCGGCGCUCCGGGGCUCGGACCCGCGGCCCCGCGUGCCCGUGGUGGUGUUCGCCAACAAGGCCGACCUGCCGGAGGAGCAGCGCGCCGUGUCUCGCGCCGAGGCCGCGCGGGAGUUCACCGCGCUGUUCGAGACCUCGGCGCGAGACGGUGGCAGCCUGGACGAGGCGUUCGCGGCGCUGGCGGAGCGCGGAGGUAUGCCGCAGGAGACCGGACCCGGUCACCACCGCCGCCUGUCCAUCCGCUCGUACCACCGGAGGAGCGGGGACGCGGCGUGCGGGGCGGUGCACCCGCUCGCGCGCAGACCCAGCUUCACCACGGACUUGAAGCUCGCGCUGGCGGCGCGCGGCGGGCGGAGGAGUGGAGGUGCGCGGGGAUGCCGCGUGCAGUGACCGCGUGGAUCCUGGAACCGAAGAACCCUUCAUGGUGCUAGCUGGAACCCUUAUAAUGCCAUGUACAAGGGGCAUGGACGUUGUGGAUUCCAGCACCUAACAUCCUGGUCAGGGUCGGGGUGGUCACCCCGGACAGGGCGCCAAUCCAUGGCAGAACUUCAGCCGUCUCAAUUGUCUGAGUUGUGGUGGGUCCAUAAAAACCCCGGACACUACCCUAUACCCUACCCUGUGGUGAUUUUACCAACCCCAAUCAUCCUGACUGCACGUCUUUGGACUGUAGGAGUAAACCUGGAGGAGAACAUGCAAAUUUCACACAGAAUGGACUCUUACCGCUUCAUUUUGGAAUCGAACCCAGGACCUUCUGGCUGUGAGGAGAAAAGCGGUACCCAUCGAUCCACUGUUUAUUUAUUUAUUUAUUUAAUUAAUUAGUAAAAUGACCACAAGUUUUAUUAUGGUGUUAAAAUCCAGAACCUCAUUAAUUCACUUCCUUUGAUC